GUCGCGCCUAUUUCAAUGGAGAAUUCGUCUGAGUAAACCGAGAUCUUUCAUUACUUAUUUUACUUCUUUUCGUACGUAACGGUGAAGAACUAAAUCUAUUACGGAGAAGAAGUUACGUACCAAUGAGGGUAUUGUUAGUAGCAUGUGCCAUAUUGGCGCUCACUGCCGCGAGGGAGGCAGAUGAUAUCGAGAUUGAGAUGGCCUUCGACAAGCUGCUUGAAGACGAAGGAAUUGAGAUAUCUGAUGAGGAGUAUGAGUACAGACUGGGAGGAUUCGCCCUCAACUACUUGGCAGCAGAAGAUGAUGAUCCUAUUAACCUUGAUAUGAUCUACGAUGCGGACGAGUUGGUAAAACAGAACGGAGCUAAACUGAUCCCGACACUCAAGUCAGAACUUGAAGAGGAACUUGCGAAGAGGUCAGUGGACCCGUUUGAUAUGGGUGGUCAGGCUACUCCUCCAGGAUUUGACGGACGUUACUACAAACGUAAAAUUAUCAUCAACCCGGCCAACCACCAGGGAGUCUGUGGAAACUGCUAUCUUCAUACAUUUGUUGCCGCUUUGGAGUUGGCUUACACCAGAGCUUCGGGGAAGAAGGUUAAGUUUAGUGAGCAGGAGAUGACGGAUUGUUACAAUAAUGGUUGCGAGGGCGGAGACUUCAGAAUGGUUGCAGUAACAAUGGGAUAUCUUAACAAGCUGAGCAGUGUAGCUAACUACGGACCCUACAAAUCUAAGCAGUUAACUUGCCGGGCUGACACUACUCCGGAUUCGCUGGCCGCUGUUAAGGUUGAGGGAUUUAUUGACGUACCAGCCAACAAAGUCGAGGAAGCAAUCAUACUGUACGGAAGUGUUAUGACCUGCAUGAAAUGGGGCUCCAGCCCUGGAGAUGCAUGUUAUAUGUCCAACUACAAAGCAAAGCAAGUAGUGGACUACCCCGCUGUGGAGGGAGGAUGUGAUCACGCUGUUCUUAUCGUAGGGUACAACUCUGAUCAUUGGCUUGUGAGAAACAGUCACGGCAAGGAUUGGGGAGAGUACGGGUACUUCAGAAUCAAAAGAGGAAUUAACUCGUGUGGAAUUGAGCAGAACAUGGCCGUUGUAGUUGUAUCCACAAGGUCCGGCAGUAAAGGUGUCGCUGCUAACGGAUGUCCUAAUGAUAAACCUAACUUCUGUGCGUCUACCAGCACGUGUACCUCUGGAUCUGCUUGUGCAAAAGCCAUCUCUCUACUGGAACUCGAAGAAAGAGAUGACGAAAUCGUUGAUGCCGAUGCCGAUUUCGAUUUCUUAGAUGAAACCGAAGAAAUUGUUGAUGAAGAGGAAGAGAUUGUUGAAGAAGAAGUCGUGGAAGAAGUUGUUGAAGAAGUCCUCGCUGAUGAAGAAAUAAUUGCAGUGGAAGAAAGGCAGGCGAGAAUCCCCGGUAAAGUGCAGAAACGUGAAGUAAGAGUACCUGGAGAAAGGGUGAAGAGAGAUGAAGAAGAAAAGCGAGUGAGAGGAAGUGGCAAGUCCAACAUUGGUAAGCGUGAAGAAGAAGAAAAAAGGAAGAACCGGAACCUAAACGAAGAUGGUAAAAGCUGGGUACCUGGAAGGCUCGCAAGAAUGCUUCUCAAGAGAGGAUUGAUGUCGGAGGAGGACUUAAUUGAUUACUUUGAAAAUGACGAUGUUGUUGAAGUUGAAGAGAGAUGUGCUGAUAAAAGUCCUCAAUGCAAAGUGAUGAAAGCUAGAGGUAUGGAUGUGUGUUCGGGCAGAAUGCUUCCACAUUGCUUGUCUACCUGUGGAAAAUGCGGAUCCGCACCUGCUCCUGCUCCGAAAGAUAAUGGGGAGAUUCAAGGAAAAUGUAUAACACCAUCCAUUCCUAAUGGACAGGUUAGCAACGGUAAAUAUAUGAAUCCUGGCGAUAAACUGAAUGUGAGGUGUAGACCUGGCUUCGUUCUGGCUGGUGGAAUCUCCAAGUGCUUAAUCCAGGAUGUCUUUACCAAUGAUGACAAGGAUGGCCGAUUACAUCCUGAGUGUAUUAAGAUUGUGGGUGGAGCACUGUCAGGAAAUGGUGCGACAUAUGCUGGAGAUAAGAACACAUACUCUAUGAUGGGAAGAGCGAUGGAGUGUGAUAGCUGGAACAAGGAUGUUUUAAGAGGUAUUCUAGUGGACUACAAAGAAGGUAACGAGUUGCUAUUGGGUAACCAUAACUACUGCAGAAAUCCCGGUGGCAUUGAGCCCGUUCCAUUUUGUCUGGGUAGUGCGACUGGUCUGGGUACAAUAAACUACUGCUUUGGUCACCCUGGUUGCGACACUUGCGCAGGAGCUACUGAUAAAUACGGCCCUGAGUUCUGUCAACAAGCGAGUAACACAAGGUAUUGUUUGUACACAAACAAACAGUCAGCAAACAGAGUUGCUUCCAUACAAGAAAGUUGUCCCGCAACUUGUUGCGCUUUGGCUGGCUGUUAGACGCGUGACGUUAUCACACAGACACGUGACGUCAUCACACAGUCACGUGACGUCAUCACAACGCUGUUAAAGUCUUAACAGCUUUCGAGAUAUUUGAUAUUUUGAUAUUUACCAGCCAGCAUUUACAUUGUUGGCUGAACGGAACUGGACUGAUUAUUUGGUAAAUGGAAAUUUUUUCGAGUCAAUUUCAUUUUAAGAUUGUAUAUUUACGCUUGUUGAAUGAUUAUGAUUAUGAGAAAUAAUUACGCAUUGAAAAGUUUAAA